UUAUACACAUAUACUUUACCUACCUGCAAAAUUCAUAAAAUGGUAGAAGCUGUUAAAGAAUGUCCUGUUGAUCAUACUAAAUUAAAUUUGACAGAAAAGUCAUUUCAGUCAUCUGUAGAUAGCAACGGAAUAAAAGAACAAAGGCAGAAAUGUCCAAUAGACGAUAAUCAACUGAAACAAGAAGAAUCAAAAUGCCCUGUCGAUCAUAAUAAAAUAAACAAAGAACAACAGAAAUAUUCCAAAGAUCCUAGUCUGUACAAACACUUUAUUCCUCCUACAACAAAUAAAGAGGAACCACAAACAUGUCCCGUCGAUCCCUCCACAUAUAAAAACUUUUUACCAUCUCCAAAAGAAGGCUGUGAUUCGGAAUCACUCGAUCGCGCUAAUAACAUGCCUAAACUUUCACAACAAUCUCAGCCUGAUCAAAAGAUUCCUCUUAGUGUAGAAAGAGAAAUUUCUACCAUUCCUCGAGCUAAUUCAGAAGAAAGAUUAUGGAUUUAUCCUUCAGAACAAAUGUUUUUUAAUGCUAUGAGAAGAAAGAAUUGGAAUCCAGACGAAAGAGAUAUGGCAGCCAUCGUUCCUAUUCAUAAUGCAGUUAAUGAAAUGGCCUGGCAAAAAAUUCUAGAAUGGGAAAAAAUGCAUACGACAGAAUGUAAACAGCCCAUGUUGGAAAGAUUUGAAGGUAGACCGAAGGAUGUUACUCCAAAAGCAAGAAUUAGAUCAUGGUUUGGAUAUGCACUCCCAUUUGAUCGUCAUGAUUGGGUUGUAGAUAGAUGUGGAGAAAAAGUGACAUAUGUAAUUGAUUUUUAUACUGGAAAACAGGAUCCAAACAAGCCUAUGUCUCUUAGUUUUUAUUUGGAUGUACGUCCUGCUGUUACAGUGUCUGGAUUAUGGGAUAGAUUAAAAAUGUCUUUUAAGAAAGGAGAAUUUAUAUAAUCAUUAUUUAUAAUUUUUGUACUAUAUCCAUUUAUAUGGAAAACCAGUAACAUAUAAUGGUAAUAAAUAACCAUAGUAAUUAAUAAAAAACUAGAUUUCGAAAAUAA